UUUUUCUUCUCGAACCCAUAUUUCUCGAAAACUCAUCAGCCAUUACCGAUAUUCAUCUCCUUCAAACCAAACGAUCAUCUCUACUUCCUACAUCUCAAUUUCAGCUGCCUUUUUGCCCUCAUUUUCUCCAUUUAUUUUGUUCCUUUUAGUCAAAAUUUCGAACCCAGAAUAAUUCGAAUGGCGUCCAGAACUGUUGCCAAAGAUAUAAUCACUCUUCGAGGAUCAGCGGCGAUCGUGAGCGAGUUCUUCGGAUAUGCAGCGAAUAGCAUUCUGUACAAUCGAGGAGUUUACCCCGAAGAAAGUUUUGCCAAAGUGAAGAAAUAUGGACUUCCAAUGUUGCUUACUCAAGAUGAAGGUGUUAAAUCCUUCAUUACCAAUCUAACAGCUCAGCUUUCUGAGUGGCUGGAAUCCGGGAAAUUACAGAGGGUUGUAAUGGUUAUCAUGAGCAAGGCAACCAAUGAGGUUUUGGAGAGGUGGAAUUUCAGCAUCGAGACUGAUAGUGAAGUUGUUGAGAAAAGUGUGUCGAGGGAGAAGAGUGACAGAGAAAUCAUGAGAGAAAUCCAGGCGAUUAUGAGACAGGUUGCUUCGAGUAUUACUUACUUGCCAUGCCUUGAUGAACCUUGUGUGUUCGAUGUUUUGGCGUACACCGAUAAGGAUGUUGCAGUACCGUUCACUUGGAUAGAGAGUGACCCGAAGUUGAUUGCAAAUCCACAAAUGGUUAAGUUGCAUUCAUUUGAUACCAAGAUACACAAGGUUGAUACUCUUGUUUCGUACAAGAAUGAUGAAUGGGACGAGCAGUAGACCGGACAGAACCUUUCUUUUUACUGCAAUAUUUAUGUGAAUCUUUCUUCACAUAUAUUUUCAAUGGAUUGCUGCGAAAGAUGAA